AUGGGGCGCCAUCCAGCGGCAGCUGAAGCAGCUGGCGGAGGCGUGCAGGCAGGCGAAUCGUCCUGCUGGAGCGGGGCGGCCCUCGCGUUCGCAGGCACGGCAGCCGCCUGGGCAGCACGGUGGCGCGGCUGGCGAGCCCAGGGCUCGCAAGCCGGCUUGGAGCUGCGCGUGCGGGACGGCCGACAACUUCGGCUGGCGAGCUACUUGCCGUGGGUGCGGCCGGCAGGCGCCGCGGACAGAACCUUCGGUGCGGGUGCGCACGGGGGGACGCCAGCGGGCCCGCCGACGCCGGCGCCCUGGGCGAAACCCCCGCGGCCGGCGUCCGCCGAGGCGGGGCAGCCGCCGCAGCCCCAGGCGCCGGAUUCAGCCGCAGCCGAUGCCCCUCCACUGCAGCCAGCGGCCGGCGCCGCCCUGGAGGGCCUUGCCGGCAUCAAGGCUCGCAUCGCGGCCAUCCGCCCCUUCCCCGAAUGGGCGCACGAGGUGGCUCGGCUCGAAGCCGCGGCGGCCGAGCUGCAGGCGGCGGAGCGCGCCGCCCGCCCUCUCGAGCGCCGCUUGCAGUCCGCAUUGGACUCGCGGCGGAAUCGCGCCGAUGCAGCGCGGCUCGCCCAGGAAGCCGCGGCGGCGGCCCGGUCCGCGGCCGAGGAGGCGCAGCGGGCCGCCGAGGCAGCGGACACCCGCGCUGCCCAGGCCAUCGCCGAGGCGCAGACCGCGGAGCAGGCGCUGGCCGCGGUGCAGGCGGAG